AUGCCUCCGAUGGCCUCCGACGCUCCUUCGCAGAAGCCUGCCGAGCCGAUCCUCUACUCCUUCCCUUCAAGUGAUGACUUGUCCACGGCCCUAGGAGACUUUGUUAUCAAGGCGCAAAACGAAGCUAUCGACAGACGAAACAAAUUCACGGUUGCCACAUCGGGAGGAAGCCUACCAAAGAUCUUGGCCAAGCACCUCGUUGAUCGCAAGGAUGAUGCAGUUCGCUGGGACAAGUGGUGGGUGCAAGUCUUUUUCGCAGACGAGCGCAUCGUGCCGUUGAACCACGAGGACUCCAACUACAAGCUCUGCAACGACGAGUUCUUCAGCAAGACGCCUCUGCAAAAGUCACAGAUCCACACCAUCAGUGAAAAAGAUCUCGACGACCCCGAGGAGGUGGCUGACGAGUACGAAAAGCAGCUUGCAGAGGCCUUCGCUGGCAAGGAGUCUGUCCGACACCCCGUCUUUGACCUCAUCCUGCUCGGUAUGGGUCCCGAUGGGCACACCUGCUCCCUCUUCCCCGGCCAUGAGCUCCUGCGGGAAAAAUCGCGAUGGGUGGCGCCCAUCGAGGACAGCCCCAAGCCGCCUCCAAAGCGCAUCACCCUCACCGUCCCCGUCCUCAACAAGGCCCACCGCGUCGCCUUUGUCCUGACGGGCGAGGGCAAGCAGGAGAUGCUGUCCAAGACGCUGGACCAGCCUCAGCUGGGCCUACCCGCCAGUCUGAUUCGGCCGAGCCCUCCCGGCGACGUCUACUUCCUCUGCGACGACGCUGCCACGAAGACGACGCAGUAUCAAAAGACUGAAUUCAAACUCUAG